AUGAAGAAAUUUUUACUCAGAUACACAUCAUGGAAACUAUCAGGGAUUGCAUCACAAAGUCUAAUGCAGGAUGAUUCUGAUGGAGAUGAAGAAUCUAUCGCUCGGAGUUACUCAAGUGGGGCUAGAAACAUUCAUGUCAUGAUAGAGUUCCUAUUAAUUGUUCUCACUGAUAUGACGAAGGACUUUAUUAACCAUGACAUAUUAGUUGAUCUUAUGACGCGUAUUGGAGCACUGAUCAGGGAGGUAUCAACUCUCAUUCAUGACUUAGAAGAAAAAUCAAGGAAUGAAGAGAGUACUGAUGAAACAAGUCUUGCAACUCCAGACCUGCUAAAAAAUAUUGAACUCCUCAAGGAAGAUCUCAAAAAUGGUUACCUGAAAGCUCCGGACUCACACCAAUAUUGCUUCCCCAUGAAUGAUGGACCGCUCUUCAUGCAUCUGCUAUGCAUAAACUUAAAAGAUUUGCUAGAUUCCAAUGCCUAUUCAGUUGCAUUGAUAAAGGAAGAAAUUGGACAGGUGAAAGAAGACCUAGAAUUUAUAAGAUCUUCCUUCGUGAACAUUGAGCAAGAAUUGAAAAAAGAUCUUUGGGCACGUGUUUUAGAUGUGGCAUAUGAGGCAAAACAUGUCAUCGAUUCAAUUAUCGUAAGAGAUAAUGGUCUCUUACAUCUUAUUUUCUCACUUCCCAUUACCAUAAAUAAGAUUAGCCUUAUCAAAGCAGAUGUAUCCAAUUUACUUAAGAUUCCCACAAACAAGAGCCUCAUUGUUGUAAACUCUCCCAAGAAUCCAGUUGAAAGAAAAUCAUUGACAACUGGUAAAAUAAUUGUGGGUUUUGAGGAGGAGACAAACUGGUUAAUUAGUAAGCUCACCAGUGGGCUGAAAGAUCUUGAUGUCAUUUCAAUCACUGGUAUGGCGGGUUCGGGCAAAACUACUUUGGCGUACAAAGUAUACAAUGAUGAAUCCGUUUGUAGUCAUUUCGACCUUCAUGCAUGGUGCACAAUCGACCAAGAAUAUGACGAGAAGAAGUUGUUGAUGAAACUUUUUAAUCAAGUUACUGGCUCGGAUUUGAAGUUCAGUGAGGAUAUUGAUGUUGCCGAUAAGCUACGAAAACAACUGUAUGGAAAGAGGUACCUAAUUGUGUUAGAUGAUGUGUGGGAUAUUGACACAUGGGAUGAGCUAACGAGACCUUUCCCUGAAGUUGUGAAAGGAAGCAGAAUUAUUUUGAAGACUCGACAAAAGGAGGUGGCUUUUCAUGGAAAGUGCAACACUGAUCCUCUUACCCUUCGAUUGCUAAGACCAGAAGAAAGUUGGGAAUUAUUAGAGAAAAGGGCAUUUGGAGAAGAGAGCUUCCCCGAUGAACUAUUGGAUGUUGGAAAAGACAUAGUCCAAAAUUGUAAGGGACUUUCUUUGGUUGUUGAUCUGAUUGCUGGAGUCAUUGCAGGUUUGGAAAAGAAAAAGGUUGUGUGGCUUGAAGUUCGAAAUAAUUUGAAUUCCUUUAUUUUGAACAGCGAAGUGGAUGUGAUGAAGGUUAUAGAAUUAAGUUAUGACCAUUUACCUCAUCAUAUGAAGCCAUGUUUUCUCUACCUUGCAAGUUAUCCGAAGGACCAAGAAAUCAACAUAAAUGCGUUAAAAAUAUAUUGGCGUGCUGAAGGGCUUGCUGAACAGAGAGAGAUGAUGAGUUUUGAAGAAGUGAUGGAAAUUUAUUUGGAUAAUUUAAUUUCCAGUAUCUUGGUAAUUGCUUUCAAUGAGAUAGGUAAUCACCCGACUUGCCAAAUUCAUGAUCUUGUGCACGACUUUUGUUUAAUAAAAGCAAGACAGGAAAAGUUGUUUGGCAAGAUAAGUUCAAGUGAUCCAUCUUCUUCUUCAGAUUUGAUGCCACGCAUAGUAAACAUUGAUUAUGAUAAGGAGCACUUUGGGCCUAACAAUUUCGUCCUGUUCAGUUCAAAAAGGAAAAUUCGUUCUGGUAAACACCUCUAUUCUUUGAUGAUAACUGGAAACAAGAUGGUCUACAGUCUUUCUGAUGCAUGUCACCUAAGACACUUGAGGCUUCUUAUAGUGUUGUCCCUGGAUCCCUCUUUUAUGAUGGUGAAAGAUUCUUUGCUGAAUGAAAUAUGCAUGUUGAAUCACUUGAGGUUCUUAAGUAUUGGGACAGAAGUUAAAUCUCUGCCAUCAUCUUUCUCAAACCUCUGGAAUCUUGAAACCCUGCAUGUGAAUAACAAAGGAUCAACCUUGGUACUAUUACCGAGUAUUUGGGAUCUUGUAAAGUUGUGA